CAGGCCGGUCUGCACGGCUUCAACAGUUGUGUGGAUGCUCAGUCAUGGCGGCGAAGACACAGAACAAGGUCAAAGACUACGUCUACACAAAGAACGGAGUCGAUGAUCAUGUACUUCCUCACGACCAAGCAGGCGCAAUGCAGAACCAUACCCCAAACGAAGAUCUGAAGGUUUACGUGCCAAAUCCUGGCGCCAGUCAUCGACGUGAUCCACCUCAGCAAAAUGGGACGAAGCGGACUAGAUAUGCUCAGUCCACGGCGAAUCAAUCACGACCAUUAAGCCCAAGUCACAAGACUCUGCUCGAUACCGACGCAGGAAGUAUAGAUGACGUCUCCACGCUACCGGAUGACCGUUACGAUGAUCUCGUGGCUGACAACAGGACCAAGCAGUCGCAUCGGCCAGUCGAUGGCAAGCUCAACGCGCGCGCAUAUCGAAUACUACAGGAUGUCGACAGUGCCAAGCAACCCGGUCACGGGCUGCCAAGAAUGCAAGGUGAUUCAUAUCCAAGCACUACGGACGGACGAUUAUCCGCAGCGAGCCUCGCAGAAAUAAGCUAUCGCAACAAUCAGCAGAGCGAUGUAAAGCCAACAUCAAGGCUCGUUGAAACUGAUACUGGCUCCCAGAGGCGCCGAGGAUCCGAGCAAAAGCAACUACCGGUUUCCAACGGACCACCGAAGACUGAGACUCAGCAUCGUGAAGCAGAUCAAGUGCUGUUCGCGAAGCCCGAAGAGCUCACAGGUUCUAUGACAGACGAGGUCAAUAGAGGUUUCUCUUUUGCAAUUCCGGUGGCCUCCAUGAAGUCAGUGCCGGCAAGAUUACAACCCUCCGAUGACCAAGCGUUUGCGCCAGAGAGCAUGCGGUCGCAGAUUAGCCCUUCCACAAAUACGGCGUACCCACCAUCAGGAGCGGAUGGAGCUGAUCAUGAACGUCGUAAUCAUGGGGACGCACAAGUCGGGUCGAUCCCGGGUCACCACCAGCCCGUGGGGCCAAGACCAGCCAUUACCGCCCAUGUGAGCUCGCAUACCCAAGAGCAGAAUCUCGUGGAAGUGGCUGAACACGACUAUCCAUCAGACCCACUUGUGCAUACCAACAACCCGGUAGAGGCGCAGAUGGAGCGAGACCUCGAGUACGAGCCAUCAUCGCUUUACCAAAUGCAGUUCAACGAGCUGCGCGCAGGCACCUUCGACUUCCCGCCGGGUAUCGAGUCGUCUCUGACGUUUGGCGAUGCAUUGAGUGACAGCCUUGAGGCUGGACUGCAUAAAACACAGAAGUUACAGCUUGAAUUUUUCAAGUCGCUUACGAUCAAGCAGUGGGAGGAAUGUGGAGACUGGUUCCUCGACCGCUACGGUGAUAUCAUGGACAAGCUGAAGUCUAGCCGCCGGGAGCGGCGUAAGGCUGCGCUUGUCUUUGAGAGUGAAGUGGAGCGGCGUCAUCACGCUGUGGCAAGGAAGCGCACCAUCAUGGAAGAUGCGCUGUCAGAGAUGAAGACGAGCGGUGCGCAACUACUGCAAGGCACACCCAAGCGUGCGAAGAAGGCGUAGGCAUUUGAGCGAACGUCCUUUGUGUUGCUUGCUGCGUUCUAGCUUGGUGUUAUGGGGUCAUUGCUCGCCGGAAGCAAGUUCGUCGAGUCGAGCCGAUGCUGUUCGCGUGAGCGCCAGGCUCGGAAAAGAUACUGAGCUAUGUAAUUAGAUGAGUGUACGAAAGAUAUCCUCCCUCGAU